AUUAUACAAUAGAAAACUUUAAAUCUGAUGAACCAGCAAAGACAGACUCCACAUAGCUGCUGUAAACCAAGAAGAAAACACAUGGAGGAAACCUGACAGCAUUACUGUAUAUGUGUGAAACCAACAAGGCAAAACAAGCAAAGAGUAAAUAUCAAAUAUAUCAGGAAGUGGGGACAAGGAAAGUACUAGAAAUUCAGAGGAUUAGAUAGACGGGGAAGCAUCAGAAACAUGAGGAAAUACUAAAGAGAAGAAAAACAGAGGAGGAACUGUGAAUGUGACAACCUGAGAGAUUUGAACUAAAGACAUGCUGGAACAGUGGGGACGUGAUUUUCUCACUUUAUUGUUUUGUACAAGAAUAUUUAAGGAAUUCACACAGCUCAGUCAGACAGCAUGUGGUCAAUAUAAUGUCACUGGCCCAUGGUCAAUGAAGCUGAUGGAGGAAAUUAGAGAUGACCUGGAACCUGUGAUCAGAACCAGGUCCUGCAUUUUUAGCUUCUGAGCUUGAUACAAGCAGCAGAAAUUAACAGUUGGUCUUCUUUCUUUUAUAUUCAUAAUCUUUUGACAAACAAACAUUUGUGUUAGUUGAAAUUUGGCAACUCAAACUGGUGCUGCUUGAAAGCUAACUCUUGGUCUGGUUUAUGUCCUGAGUCCAACACACUGAUCAUGAAGAAGUUUUGGAUUUUUAAUGAAGGGCUUUCCCCUGACGCUGCUUCUUCAGGAAAUCAUCUAAUCUAUACUUAUUAUCUGUCCUAAUGCAACGUUUACCUGCAGGCCAGGUUUGACACAGCAUUGCUGAGCGGCCUCAUUCUUCUGCUGUGAGUCAGAAAGAAAAUGAUCUCUCAGUUCAAACUUUGACACUGGCAGUCCCAUCCUGAAGCAGGACACAAACAGCCUGAAACUGUGACCUACUCCAGUAUUUCAGGGUUCCUUCCAACUAAUGUUAGAUAGACUUUAAAAAGCACAAAACUUCCAUCCAACAACCAAACACAAGCCCAGGUUUGGUGCAAAAGUGCAAACAGACAGAACCCGUUCCAGGGAAACAACUCUCUUGUCCACCAGGAAAAAUCCCAACAUAAAGGCAUCAAGCUGGGGGAAACAGAUGUAUCCACCCUUGGGUUAUCGCCAGGGCCUCCAACUUUGGCUGCCACCUAACCCACAUUGCUCUGGUUGUCUGUGGUCCAUCCACUCACAGAGUGCCUGGCUGCAAAGCACGCUCUGUGGAGCCCCUCCCCUGGGCCUGGUCCAGCUUAGAGCCUCAGAAACCCCAUCCCACGUACCCAGACAUGGUCCACUGGUCAAUGCAGCAUGGAUGUCUUCUGAUUUAUUCUUAGUCUUACCCCUCACUCAGGACCAGUGUGCAUAUAGGGACCCUACCAGGGGCAAAUUACCAUUGAAAACAGAGCUCCUGGUAUCGUUUGGCAUCAUAUCCCUCCACCAUGAUAAGGUGGGGAUUCGUGGAGGAACAUUACAUCAAGUAGUUCCUGAAUUAUCUCUAAACAUGUUCAUGAGUUAAUCAGUGAAGAAGCAAACAUAUCACCUGUGUAAAGGAAAGUGAGCCUCAUUCCUGUGUUUGUUCUGGCAUAUUGUGAAACCAGUUCAGUGAGUUUCUUUUCAGGACACUGGAAACCUCCCAAACAGCCAAAGCAAAACCAGUUUGGUCCAAAGAAUUCAGCCUUCACGUUAUCUUCAAGAAAAACAAUUCUAACUAGAUUCCAGCUUAGUAUAAAAGAGGACCCAGUCAGUCAGUCAGUCAGUCAGUCAGUCAGUCAGUCAGUCAGUCAGCAGGUGUCUCCAGUUCAGGUAAAGUUGAGUCCUUCUCUUCUGAGCAGUCUGAGCUCUUUAAUCAGAGGACAACCAGGACUCAGCAUCUCUGCUGUUUUUCAUGGUGGCUAGAAGCUGGAAAUAUGUAACAUCUGAAUUCGGUCGGUUAAAUCCACAAAGAGCAGCUUCAGCUGAUCACAGCCUGGAUACAAAGAAACACUGAGUGGAGCUACAGUGUCUCAUUUCCAAGUCCCCCACGCUGCCCCACUGCACCUGGGCUUACAGUUUCCCCACCUGCCAAAUCUCACGUUAAUGCCUGAGUCAAAGAUGGAGACGUGGACAGACAGUCGGGGUAAAAAAAUUUACCCAGUGACUCAACAAUCGCAGUCAAAUCGCAUCGCCCUGCUGAUCAAUACUGAAACGUUUACUACAAGUUUAUACAAAUGUAGAGCUGCGAAAGAUGAGAAAGUCAUGCAAAAUCUACUUCAAACUCUUGGAUAUGAGGUAGUGAGAUGUGGGGACAUUACUGCAAAGAUGAUCGAUAAACCUCUGAAAGAAUUUUCUGAACACCCAAAACUGGCCCUCACAGACAGUGUGUUUGUGACUUUGGUGUGUUAUGGAGGCACGGGAACUGAGGAGUUUGAAAUUGACCAAAUCUUUCAGCUCUUAAACACAAAGAACUGUCCUGCACUGAAGGACAAACCAAAGAUCAUCAUUAUUCACGCCUGCAGAGGAGUGGGGGAGGAAUCGGCGGAUUUACUUGAUAGAAAACAAUUUGUGCCCACAGACGACAUCGAAUCUCUGUCAGUGAACUCUGUCAAAGGUCCUCGGGCACAGAAUGAAAAGGAUUUCAUCAUUUUUCAUUCCAGCACCACUUGCACAGGUUCAUACAAACAUGAAACAUACGGUUCGGCCUUUAUCCAACAUAUCUUUGAGGCUGUCAGGAAGCACUGCCUUACAGAUGACAUUGAGGAAAUAUUCAGAAUGGUCAUGCAAAGCUUUGAAGAAUUCCCAUCUGAACAGAUGCCAACCAAAGAGAGAGACACUCUGACAAAGCGCUUCUACCUGUUUCAAAAUGCACCUGAAGAAGUGAAGCAGUGGUCUGCAGGAAAGGAGUCUCUAAACAGGGUGGAGCCUGAUGGCGUCCGACGGGUGAGCUCGGGUCUGAAGAAGUAUUCCUAUCAACUCACAAUCGACCCAAACACAGUAUACAAAUGGAUCCACCUGUCUGACAACAACAGAAAGGUAAUGCGUUUGAAUGCACAGCAGCCAUAUCCUGAUCAUCCAGAGAGAUUUGACCGCCCUCAGCUGCUGUGCACAAAUGGGCUGACUGGUCAUUGUUACUGGGAGGUUGAGUGGAGUGGAUAUGUUUCUAUAGCAGUGAGCUACAAAGGAAUCAAGAGGAGAGGACACAGUGAUGACUGCUUGUUUGGACUGAACAGUCAGUCCUGGAGUCUGGACUGCUCUUACUCUUACUCUGUCUUGCAUAAUAACACAGAAACCUUCAUCCCCAACGACGUUAUCUCUAACAGAGUAGCAGUGUAUGUGGACCAUCCUGCUGGCACUCUGUCCUUCUACAGUAUCUUCUUGGACUCUCUGAUCCACCUCCACACCUUCAACACCACAUUCACUGAACCUCUGUAUCCUGGAUUUGGAGUCUGGUCUCAUAAUUCCUCAGUGAGAAUAAUGAAGCCAGUCCAUGUACACUGCUAUCCUCCAACAGAGUAGCAGUGUAUGUGGACCAUCCUGCUGGCACAGCUUUUCCUCUGACACUCCGAUCCAUCUCUGAUGCAAACAACCUCUGUAUCCUGGAUCUGAAGCUUGGUUUCAUAAUUCUUCAGUGAGUCUGUGCUUAGUUCAGUAUAAAAACUCUCCUCUGAAAAGCACUGCUAAAUAGACCUUUCAGUCUGCACUCAAAAACACUUUCAGAUUCAUGGAUUCAAUGAUUUAAUGUUUUAAACUGCUCUAAAUGAUUCCUUCUUCAUUUCAAUCCGUUGAAGAUUGAAGCUUCCAGCAACCGUAGAGUGUGAGCCAGGGUACAACCUGGACAGGUCACAAAUCUGAUACAGGGCUAACAUUAACUUUAUUCCACUAACUGCAUGUCUUUGGACUGUGAGAGGAAGCUGGAGCACGCAGAGAGAAUCCAAAUAAACAAGGUGAGAACAUACAAACUCCACACAUGAAGGUGAAGGUGAACUCAGGACCUUGUUGCUGUGAGGUAACGGUGCUAACCACUGCACCAAAGCUCUUCUGACAUUGGUCUGAGAAAAUAUUUUGCACUGCUGAUCAGAAAGAGAAAUCCCUGCUUGAACAAUGUUCUUUGUGUGAUAAAGACUAAAUAUAUAUUGAUAUUCA